CACCAUGAAUCUAUUUUCUGACACAAUUCUUACCUUGGCUGUUCCAGGUUCUCCAAAAGCAUGGACAUUCUCGUCCUUCCAAGCCUGAAAUGUACAUGGUUUUGGCAAUUGAGUCACAUAAGGGUAAAUUACAAAUUUGAGCUUCUGUUGGGUAUAUUACACCUAAUCAUUUUUCUUAAAAUAUAUAUAUGAUACUAGAACUAAAUAGUCCUCCAUGUGCACCGACUACAACUUUUUAAUUAAAAGUGAUACGAAUUACGCCUAAUUAGAUACGCUACACCCGUUCCAGAUUUUCUGUAAUAAGAUUUUCAAUUUUCUUGACAUAAUUAUGAGUGUUAACUUUUUUUAAUCAUCGAAGAUUUUUUUGGAAAUCUUAUUUCUCCGAAUAGUCUUAAUUGUUUUAUUAAUUGAGUAUUAUCAAACGGAUAAGUACGUAUUGAUUUAGUUAUUUAUAAUUUAUUUGUCAGUUGUGAUCUUGUGAAGAUCUCUCUAUUCUGCCUAACCUAAAACCACUCAAUAACCCUAAUUCAGUCCCUAUCCCUAGUCCGUAUAUCUAAGGUAUAUAUAUAUAUAUAUAUAUAUAUGUAUAAUAAGCUACGAUAAAACCCAUAAAGAAAGGAAAAAUAGAAAGAGAGAAGAGAAAUAUAUAUUAUACGAUGGAGAAGACUGAAAUGAGUCGAAGAGAUGUGAUUGUAUGCCGAGAAAUAUGGUAUGUAAUGGCUAUACUCUCGCUCUUUGGCCUCUCCAUAUCACUCAAUCUUCUUUGGCCACCUGGGGCAAAGUCACCAGGAUCGUCUCCUUUCCUCAGGGACUGCGCAGUGAGUGCCACAACAUUCUAUGCAGUGACGGUACUCAGGUAUCUCUUAUUCACCGAUCCUCCUUCAACUAAUGGUUACAAGGAUUUUACUACAGAGAAAGAGAGGGUUCCUCAGCUUGUCUUUGCGGAGCUUGCGUUAUUGGCGUUAAUGACAUCUCCGUCAAUGUAUUCACUUUUGGUGGAUCAUGACGUAUUGUUAUACAUGUCGUUAUUCACCAUAUCGUUGUUCACUGGUGGGGUAGGUCUGAUUCAGCUAUCAGAUAAGUUUAGGAUGGAGAUGAAGAAUGCUUAUAUCACGCUUCUUUGCGGUUGGUUGUGUUGCCUUUUUGGCACUUAUAUUUUUAUUUAUCUCCCCAGUAUAAACGUGGCUAUGAUUCUUGCAGGAGUUUAUUGGUUGUUCUUCUUUUUUAUCAUUGUAUAUAAUUACCGCAGUUAGGAGCUCUCUACAAAUUCAGGGUUUCCACUCUUCCUGCUUAAUUCUCUUGCUUAAUUUUUUCUUAAUGGUAUUAGAGCCAUUAAAAUAAAGUAAUGGUAUUGUAAGUCCCAUAUAUAAGACUCCACGUUCUGAGUUUAAUGACAUGUUAACUUCUUGCUUUUACCAUUUAUUUUGAGAGCUAUUAAAAUUAGUCAUACAUAUCCUUAGUUAACUUGGACUAAUCAAAAGCCAUUCAUGACUUAUUGGAAAUUUUGCAAUUGUAAUCUAUAUAACAUCACCAUUAUCAAGAUGAAUACUUUACGAAUCAAGUACGGAUAACUUAAGAAGUACUAGCUGAGUAGCAAGUAAUUGUGUCCACUCCUAGUAAAAAUACCUUCCUUGGCUUGAAUAUUGGCUCUGACAUUGUCGACUGUGACACUGCUUUCGACCUCGAGAGUAAAUGUCUUUGUUAUAGGAGUUUUCACGAAGAUCAUUUACUAGGAUUUCUCUUAACGCGCCACCGAAAAGACGAACUUGAAACAGAAGUGGCUAAAUCAAAUAUCAUAUGAAUAAAUAGAUAUUCUCUGUGUUCCACUUCCACUUCCACAUGGCUUGAACGAUUACGUACUGACAAAACAUUUACAUAUCAUAAGGCAUAUUGUAAGACUCUAGCUACAUGCAUGUAUAUAAUCAGCAUUAAUAUUAAUUCGUUUUGGUCAGAAAAUUAGAAAUUUUAUAAACACCGUCUUUGCUAUAAUUAAAAAGGACUUUGAUGUUGGUAAUGCAGAUUAGUUAUCUUAAUCUCCCACAGGGGUAUUUGUAAAACAUCUUGGAGAUCUAUUGCGGUUAAUGGUAGAAACCAAGAAUUAUCUUUCUCAACCUUUGGUGUACAGGCUCUCUUGAAGUUAUCUUUGACUUUGCACGUUGCUACUGCAACCAUUGAGAGAUGUUUUUCAGGAAUGAAGAUCGUAAAGAUAGUAUGACGAAAUCGCAUCGGUGAUCAGUUUUUAAAUGAUUAUUUUAUUUGUUUUAUUGAAAAAAAUACUUGAAAAUGUAACCAAUGAAACUGUUAUAAAAAGGUUUCAAGCUAUGAUUGAGAGUAGAGUACAUUUGUAGGUUUUUU